UACUCUUAUUUAUUUAUGGUCAACUAUUAGUACUAAAUGAGGAAUGAGAUCCGAAAUAUAGAGAAUUUGAUUUAAUUAAGAAUUAUAGCUCUAGGAUUCUAGCCAUGCCAAACCUUUGUCCUUUUGCAUGACUUGUGACUCUAGAUUAACCAUUUCAUUUCACCCUCCAAAAUAAAAAUUUCUAAAUUAAUUAGCUUCUUGCUCAUGAAAAAUUUCUGGAAAUAUGGAGUGCCACUCUAGUAACAAAAAUCUAGCAAUCCUCUCUGUAUUUCUAGCAGCAAUCAUACUUCUCAAUUAUCGUGAAGAGCUAACCACCAAUGCCAUCUUAUUUUAUACAGAAAAAUCCCAUUCCAUCAAUUCCAACUCGUCAUUGGUGCAUCGAGACGAGCUCCGAAUAGUUUUGGAGAAGGCCUCAACGCCAGACAAGACGGUGAUCAUCGCUGUCAUCAACGAGGCCUACGUCGAACCAUACGAGAACGAUUACCCCUCAAUGUUUGAUAUUUUUCUUGAGGGUUUUUGGAUCGGUGAGAAAACCCGGCCGCUCCUCCGCCAUCUGCUGGUGGUUUCCAUGGAUAAAACUGCUCACGAGAGGUGCCGCUUCCGCCACUUGAACUGCUACUUCUUGGCGGCGGAACAAGGCGGCGGCGCCGGUGAUUUUUCCGGGGAGAAGUUAUACAUGUCGGGAGAGUUUAUAGAGAUGAUGUGGAGGAGGACUGCUUUCCUCCUUGAUGUUCUCAAGAGAGGUUACGGCUUCAUAUUCACCGAUACUGACGUUAUAUGGGUAAGGGAUCCAUUUGCGAGACUAAGAAAGAAUGGGACGUUUGAUUUGCAAAUAAGCACCGAUCAUUUCACCGGAGAUCCAUUCUCGGAAGAUAAUCCGAUCAACACGGGGUUUUACGCGAUCCGAUCGAGCAACAAAACGACGUCGUUGUUUGAGAAAUGGUACGACAUGAGGUCGAACGCGACGGGGAUGAAAGAGCAAGACGUGCUGCAGAUGCUAAUAAGAGACAUGGGUGCAUUAAAAGAGUUCGACAUUGCUGCAAGAUUUCUCGACACACAAUAUUUCAGUGGAUUUUGCAGUGAUAGCCAAGAUAUUGAAUCGGUAAUCACUAUUCAUGCAAACUGUUGUCGCACUAUUAAAGCCAAAAUCGUGGAUUUGAAGGCCGUUUUGAUGGAUUGGAAGAGGUUUAAUGUGGGCAAUAGUAGCACUGAAUUUCGAUGGUCACCACACAUAGCUUGUGCAAAUUCUUGGAGGUGAUAGUGUUUUAAUUUCUUUAAUUUAAAGAAGAGAUCCUUAAUUUGUUUCUUGGUGUAUGUGAAUUUCAAAUAUUAUUGUACAAAUAAAGUGGCGUCUAGAUUCAUAUAUAUAUCUUAGUGCUAGCUCUUGAUAAUUAAUUUGAAAUAAUUUGCUUGCAUGAUU